AUGGAUGCUGAAAAGAUAAAUAAAGAAUAUGAGCAAGAGUUGCUGCUUCUUCAAUUGAAUGGGAUGAUGAAACUUCACGAGGAAGAUAGAAAACAUCAAGAGGAGUUGAGAAGAAAUAAACAAAAUCAUCACUACGAAAUGGUGCGUUUGAGAGGAAAAGAAUCAGAAGAACAACACAAAGUACAAGAGUUUGAACGGAAAAGAGUUGAAGAAUCGAGAAGACAUGAAAGUGAAAUGAUGGAUAUUGAAAGAAUAAAUUUGAAAGAAGAAGAAAAACUUCGAGAUGAAAAGAUGAAGUUGUUUAAGGAAAAUCUGAAAAAAGAAGAUGAGUCAUUUAGAAGCGAAGCUAAUCAAUUGCAAAUUCUUUUUAAUGAAAGCCUCAUGGUCCAUGCGAAUCUCGAUAAAAUAGAGGAAAUCAAAACAAUGAAGAAGAUAGUUCUGGAAGUGGAUACUAAAUGGUCUGAUGUCAAAAAGUCUUAUGAAUUGACUGAGGAAGUUUACUUUUUAACCGGCGAGAAACUCGAACCUGAAGAUAAGGAAUAUCUACUGCAAGACAUCGAAAGUUUGUUGGCCAAGAAACUGAGUCUCGAAAAACAUUUAUGUCUAGUUAAUAAAGGUUUGGGAAAGUGGAAAUCAAUUGCUGAUGAGAAAUGUUAUGAAGACGUUAAGAGAGAAUUGGAAAAACUGCAAACUGCAAUGAAAAACUUCGAGAAGGCCAUUUUGAACUUGAGGAAAACAAUUGUGUGUUUAAAAAUGUUUUUUUUCCAGAAAAAUAUUUACAUUGUCUUGCAGAAAUUAAAUAAUCCAAUCGAAGGAGCUCUAUUACCAGAAAUCAACUCAAUCAUUAGUUCAAGUGAUGCUACAGUGAAAAAUCUCACUAUAAACCCGAUGUUGAUGAAAACAAGUUUCCAAGAAAUGCUUGGAAACUAA